AUGGUUGCUAACAUGCUGUGGAAUCGUAAGCAAAAGGGGUUUAAGUUUGGGAAUCUCUUUAAAAAGUCUUCAACAUCUCCUCCUCCACCACCAAAGUUGCCGACGUGUGUCGCUUUGCCCACCUCAGUCAUCUCAGCAACUGAUGAUGCUCUCGCCGUCUCACAUCGGCGAGCUGUCAGCGAUCUAGUCAUAGUCACCUCUGGUAGUCCACCUAUCUCGCCUUUUAUGCAACAGCCUCCGCAGACCCCUGAUAGCGGUAUCAAUCAGCCCUCCGCUACUUCCCCCUUCUACUCUUCCUCCUCAUCAACUUUCGCCAGCUCCAAAAUGUACUCGGGAAGUGUGGAUUCCGCGGCCGGCACCACUUCUUUCACUUCUAAUCGUUUUUCUUGGCCUAAGUCAAGUUCCUCUUCCUCUUCGGAGGCAAGCUCUCUCUCCACCGCUCUCUCCAACAAUCUUCGUCUCACCGCUAAUGGCAGCACUGCCGCCUCUGGCAACAGUCUUUUUACUUCUCCACCAAAAAGCUCCGCUUGCACCAGCGCACCUGUGAGUGGGACUGAAGUUCCUACCACAAGUACACCGCAGCGUUUACCGCGGUUUGUGGCAGGCACAACGAUUGCAGAGGAGGAUGAAGAGGCUGAAGAAGCGACUAGUGAAGUGGAUGGAAGAACCGUGACAGCGGCGGUCCUGCCACUACCUCCAGACUCCACCACAAUUACCCCUGUUGGCGAGGUUGACGCAGGUUUUGCGGCUACUGUGGCGCAGGUUUCCCGCCGCACUGGGACCUCUGCACAGGAGCUGUAUGCACGCAUGAAAGAGGUGCGUCGCCGUCCCGAGGAUGUGCGUAACAGGCUAAGGGGUCAGGCGAAUGCUGUAGUGUCCUCGAGCAGCAACAACAACGGCAACAGCGUUGGCUACGGUACCGCUGGUACCUCGAAGCGCCUUUCCCUGCCAGCAAGUCUUCACCUACCACCUCACUUGCGUCAGAAGGCUAUUCAACUUCUCGAAGAGCCCAUGAGCAGGAGAGAACGUCGCUUGUCUCUGGUAUGUUUAUUUGCCUUUAGACUGAAGUAUUCUUCAACCUGUGAUCUUGUACAGCCAUCCUUUUAUUUCUCUUAA